AUGGUUUCUGCUAAACUCGUAUUCGCUUCUCUCUUUGCUUUCGUAGCCUCAGCCUUCGCUGCUGAACUUGACUUGAAGACCCUCAAGGGAACUGGUGAAGUUAAUGAUCUUGGUUUGUGCAAUGUUGUUGAGGCCCAUGGUUUGCAACUCGCCUGGUUUAAACCAUACGUUGGUAAGGAACUCCAAAGAGUCCACUGCGGUGCUCAUGAGCUCUGGAAGACCGCUGAGGAGGAGCAUGAACUCAACGAACUUCUCGUUCUCUCCAAGUGCAAGGCCGCUGCCUUUGCUGUCCUCUCUGAAUUGACCAAGGCGGGUGGUUUGAAUCACCAUUACUUCGAGCUUGACCCAGAGACUGGUAAUGUUAGAAAGGAGCAUAGUGCUGAUCCCAAGAACUUCAAGGAGGUAUUCCUUCCUCUUGUAUUGACUGCUCUCAAGAAGGCUGGCGCUGUUGAGGCUCUAAAGCCACCAUAUCCAGCUGUUGCCGCUCACUUCUUCUUCCGUCACUUGAGAUUGGCUGGAGAGAAGGCUGCCGCUCAAGCCGGACACAAGCCAGAACUCAUGCAGUAA